CCAUGAUGCAUUCUCUGGAAAUAUAUCGCCCACCACCACACCGUACAACUUUGCCACUUCUCAUGCUUGUUCGCGGCUUGAGGCCUGAAUCAAAGAUAUCCACUCCAUUUUGUCCAAGCCCAAGCCCAAGCCCAGAGGGUAGACGCAACUCGCUAUGGCGCAGAGGGCUAGGCGGCAGCCUCAAUCCGUCGCAUCGACAAUUUCCUCAAGGCACGCUGGACACCGCAUUUGCUAUCGCGAAUCUUCAUCAGACAGCGCCGAUGAGGUAGAUAAAGGUGCUGACUACGAACCUUCUCGAGCGAAGCGUGCGAAAACCUCGUCAAAUGCGGCUUCUGCGAGACCCCGCCGCCAGCGGGGAGCGCGGGACGAGUCGGACUCGGACGAACAAAUAUUGGACGAACAAUCUCCCAAGAAGCGCCGUCUACAGUCUGCCUCUCGAACCUCGGCCAUAAAGAAGACUAUACCAAAGCCGAAGCCCGUGGUUGACGUCGAUCGAUACAGCGCCGGUGUCAUGCCUCCCUGGCAGACGCUACCAUACCAAAUACUUCUUCAGAUCUUCUACUAUGCGUCUUAUCCGCUUGUAGAUGUACGCACUUUCAACCAGACGGCUAAUUGGCAAUGGCUAUUGCAGACCUCCAAGUUAUGUCGUUCGUUCUCAGAGCCCGCCCUUACCAUACUAUAUCGCUCGCCUUGUUUGACGCCGAUGGAUCGAGCUCACACCCUCUGCGACUUGUUAAAAUCCGACCAAUCAAAUAUGCUGUACAAUUAUCGUUCGAAAGUCGAGAAACUACAGGUCGAGGUUCUUCAAACAGCAGCUUAUACGUUGACUGGCUGUGGGGUUCUGGACCUGUAUGGGCUUGUUUUCCACACCCCGCGUCUUGUCGACCUCGAAUUAUACCAUCAAAAAGACUUCUCUCCAUAUCGGGAGCUAGAUGAGACAAUAAAAUGGAGCUAUCCACCCCAACUCUUCGAGGCAUUGGCCAAGAACAUCGAUGGCGUUCCGACUCGCCUUCAAAGCUGGCGCUGGAGCUCGAGGAUGGUCAGCAAGCACCCCAAUCCGGAGUACGAUUUGAGAAGAAUCAUAGAGCUGCAUCAGACGCCUUGUUUCAUGGGUUUGCGGAAGGUAGCAUUCAUCAACUACCAAGCCCCAGUUCGCCCAAAGAAGAUCACUGCAGAAUUCGUGGCGCCAGAGCACGUGAAACGACUCGCCGAAGCAAUAUCACAUCUUCCCAACCUAGAACAUGUCAUUUUUGAAGCAAGCCCUCUGCUCAAUCACGAGCUGCUUCUUAGCCUUCCAAGCAACCUGAAACAUCUGGACAUUAUUGCCUGCAGCGAGCUAGCAUCGGAUGAUCUGGCCAAAUUUUUGGUGACGCAUGGGAGACAGCUUCGGACUCUCACUCUCAGCCACAACCAGUCACUAAGCAUAUCGUUUUUUACCAUAUUAGGAAGUGCAUGUCCGCACCUUGUCAGCUUUCAGAUGAACCUGACAUACUACAACCUCCACGCGACCUUCAAAGAUUCGGAGCCCUUCUUUGACCAGUUACUGCGCGAGAACGAGGUUCCUACAUGGCCAACGACACUCCAGACGCUUGAACUGAUCCAACUACGGAAAUGGGACGUCGAUGCUGCCGAGGUCUUUUUCCGCAGCUUGCUUGAUAGUGCCGGGACGCUUCCUCACCUCCGUACCCUGGUGAUCAAGGCCAUAUUGGAUACCAUCAGCUGGCGAGACCGCGGAGGGUUCCGCGACAGGUGGCAGAAGGCCUUUGAACGUGUUUUCAAACGGAAACCUGCACCGCCGAAUCCCCAUCUCAGGUCAAUGGGCGCGUACGCAGCGCAUAAAAAGCAAUUGGCGGAACCACCAAAACCUAGACCCCAAAUCAUAGACCUAAGCGACGAUGACCUUCCUAUGUCUCGAUCAACCCGAAAACCCCGGUCGACGACAAUAUUUGACGAGGAUGAAGAGCCUAAGAGGCGAACUCUACGCUCGGCCAAUCCUCCUCCAAAACGCCGCCGAGUCCUUGAACGGCUGUGCUACAGGGAAUCCUCCUCCGAACCUGAAGUCACGCCACCUGCAGGGCAAUCACCUGCACUAAAUCCUAAAUCUCACCAUGCCGCGCGCGAGCUCGCUGCCCUCCGCAGCACCGCCGGCUUCCACGGACCCAAAGCGCCGACUCCCUCGUCGCGUCUCCCAUCUCUCACGAGUGAUGCUUCUGAUUCGGAUGAUGCGCCGCUGGUGCACCGAAAGAGGGGCAGCGACAGUGGUAAGGAGAAAGAGAAAGAGAAAGAGAUACCGAAACGGGAGGUGAUUCAGGGCAUGUGCGAGGUUGUUGAUUUCAAGAUUGAUAAUCUGAGGCCGACGGAGAAGCAGUUUCGAGAGGAAGAUUUCCUGGACAGCGAGCCGGAAGGUGAUGAAGAUUGGGAUGGGACGAAUGAAGGUGGUGCGGGGGAUGGAUACGCAUGGUGAAUGGUCAGUGGUGUAUUAGUUUACAGUGGAGGUUAUGGGCGGUGAGGUUGUAUGAUUUUGAUUUACGGCGUUGGGUGGUAGCGGUGGUUAUGGUGGCAUGCCAUCUGAUUUUUAUGGUGGGAGGUAUACUGGUAUAGGUUAUGGUGUGACGUUGUCAAUGGGGAAUGGGUUCUGAUAUGGGCGGGGGUCGAAAUAUGGGAUUGGCAUUGUAUUUACUAGUAAAACGGUUGUGCUGGGGCGACGGAGGAUAGUCUUGCUUGGGG